UCGAGUGAGAGUUGUUUGAGUAUGAAAUGAAUAUUUAAUAAUCAACUGUAUUUAAUGUAUCUGACAUUUAAAAAAAAAAAGUCUCACGAAAGAUUUACUUCUUAUACUUGUAUACAUGUUUUAGCAUUUACCUAAUGUUUAUAACAGCCUUAUUAAACAGCUUUUUUAAUUGUUAAAGUUAAUGAGUAAUCUCAGCAAAAAGGCGGUUAUUUUUGUUAAUAGUUGUUAAAAAGGUCAAAUGGACAAUGCACUCUGUACUUACCAUAAUUUUAUUUAAAAUAUGAUUUUUAAAAAGCAGGCAUUUAAAUUAGUAGAUACUUACUUUGUACACUCAGCUAGUACUGUCAAUUUUAAUUUAAUGUUAUGGCUAUUUUUGUCAAUAUUUAAUUCAAAUAUGGUAUUGGUGAUUACACAUAAUCUAACUGUGGGAUUGUUUCCGACAAUUAUAGACCUAGCAAUGUUCAAACCAAUUAAUUCUUCUAGUAAUUGUGGUGUCAAUAAAACUGAAACUAAUUAUUGUAUGUCCUCUAUUGAAGAAGAAAGUGUAAAAACAUGCACUAUUAAAAAAUGUCUUUUAGAGUGUUGUGACAAAUGUGGAAUGUUUAGUCCGCCUUACAAAGAUUUAAGUAAAGAUGGUAUUUUAUCUGGUGGUGUUUUUAUAUCUUCUGAUCUUCAACCAUCAAGUAAUUUAUUCGAAAGUUCUUACAACUUUCAGAAUGGUGGCUUCAUUACAAGCAAAAUUUCUUUAUCUACUACUAAUUUUACGUUUACCUCAUGGGUAAAACAAAGCAUGAGGAAUAUAGGGGUUGUAUUUGAAAAAGAAAACUCAUUUAGAAUUAUCUUACAAGAAUACUCAGUUUCAUUUUUAUACUAUACUAAUAAUUCUACUGGGACAAUUCAUUUUAAAAAUAUAGACAUUGAGCAAGAAAAAUGGUAUCACUUUGGUUUCAGAGUUUGCGGCAUUGAAGUAGAUUUAUUUAUUGAUAGUAUUUUUGUUCGUUCAGAAACACUUUUGCAAACUAUGCGGAAUACUACUAGUGUUCUUAUAGUUGGGCAAAGUAGCUUAGGUAAUGGCCAGUAUGUUGGUCUGCUUCAAGAUAUUCGAUAUUAUCAGAAAGGACUAACAAAUCGAGAAAUUAUUGAAGCAAUGACUGGACUUCUUCCAGAAAUACCUUAUACUUACUGCCAUUGUCCAGAAACACAUCCACGCCUAGCUCCCAGCAAUUAUUUUUAUUGUAUGAAAAAUGAUGCUAACUCUAAUGACAUGGUUUUAAGAUUGAGUGAAAACUCACACCCUCCAGAGUAUUUAGUAGAUGGUCUGGUUUCUUACUGGAUAUCUGAAAUGGUACCUCAAGUAACAUUGACAAUUGAUCUGAAAUAUGCCAAUAUGCAGGUUUAUCUUGUAAAUAUACUAUUUUACAGUCCACCACCACAAGGCAUAGUAAUUGAGCGAUCUACUAAUUUUGGAAUUUCUUUUCAACCAUGGCAAUAUUAUGCAUUAGAUUGCAUCUCUACAUUUGGCAUGGAAAAUAAUGGCCAACUUCUUCUUCCAAAUUCAGUUAACUGUUUGCAGAUAUCAAAUCCUAAGCCAUCAUGGGAAAAUAUGAUGUUUGAAACAACUUUACCAGGACCAGAAAAACUUCAAAGACCAUUUGGUGUUCCUGGAUGUUUAGAUUUCAACUGUUCCCCACUCUGGGUAGAGUUUGUCAGAGCCACAAAUGUGCGUAUAAAGUUAUCAGGACACACUUUAGUUAAUGAUUCAAAUCAUCAAUACUUUGGUGUUCGAAGAAUUGUUAUUGGUGGAACAUGUGAUUGUCAUGGUCAUGGUUCUGAUUGCACAUACUUAGACAAUGCCAAGCCAUACCCAAAAUAUAUCUGUGCAUGUGAUCCAAGAACAUUUACUGAAGGAGAGCAGUGUGAUCGAUGUUUACCAUUAUAUAAUGACAAGCCUUUUUUGAGAGGUACAAUUUUCAAAGCAAACCCAUGUAAGAAAUGUCAGUGUAAUAAUCACGCAGACUCUUGUUCUUACUAUUGUUCACUUGAUGCAAAUUUCAAUAGUAGAAAUUCUGCUGGUGGAGGAGUUUGUAAUUCCUGUAAACAUAAUACUAUGGGAAGAUAUUGUGAGAACUGUAAGCCAUUGUACUACAGACCAAAAGGAAAAAAUAUUUCUUCAAUUGAUGUGUGUCAACCAUGUAACUGUGUUGGGCCUGGAGUUGUAUUUGGAAAUCAUAAUUGUCAACAGGAUGAUAGUACACCAGGUAUUGAAGCUGGUCAAUGUAACUGUAAAAAGUAUGCUACUGGACUCCAGUGUACUGAAUGUGAAGCAGGUUAUUUCCAACUUUCUGCCACUAAUUUGGAAGGUUGUACACAAUGUAAUUGUGAUACAGCUGGAACUGUUAGCGGUCAAAUAACUUGUCACAUUUCAUCUGGUCAAUGUGUAUGUAAACAAAAUGUGAUAGGUGUCACAUGCUCAAAAUGUCAAAAAGGUUAUUAUGGAUUGAGUAGUUUAAACCCACUUGGCUGUUAUCCUUGUAACUGCAACCCAUUUGGAUCUUUAGCGCCUGAUGAAUGCAAUUCACUAACUGGCCAGUGUACUUGUAAAGAUAAAUUUGAAGGGAGAGCAUGUGAUCGAUGCGCCCAAGGGUUUUUUGGCCCAAAUUGUCAACCUUGUGCUUGUAAUAUAAAUGGAACUAUGGAUGGCACUCAAUGUAACAAAGAUACUGGUCAAUGUUUUUGUAAACAGUAUGUAACUGGCACUGAGUGUAAUACAUGUCUUCCUGGUUUUUUUAAUUUAAGCAAAACUAAUUUUGAAGGCUGUAGUCCAUGUAAUUGUGUUAUUCAAGGAACGAUUUUAAACAAAGGAGAAUGUUAUCCAAAUAAUGGCUCUUGUCUUUGUAAAAAAUAUGUUACUGGCAGAACUUGUAACUUAUGUAAAGCUGGAACAUUUGGUUUAACUGAUCUAAAUGAAGAAGGUUGUGCUAAAUGUAAUUGUGAUUCAAGAGGAACCUGGGGUGGAGAUGUAACACCAAAAGGUGAGUUAAACUGCAGCUCUGUUGGUCAAUGCAAUUGUCGUCCAAAUGUUACAGAUACAAGAUGUAAUAAAUGUAUUGAUGAAUUUUAUUGGAAUUCUGCUGGUUUUGGUUGUUUACCCUGUGAAUGUAAUCUAAUGAGCUCAUUAUCAAAUGUAUGUAAUAACAAUGGAAGUUGUGAAUGUAAACCAAAUAUUGGAGUUGACGGGAUGAGAUGUGACAAGUGUGCAAAAGGAUAUUUUAAUUUUUCUAACGGAAAAUGCUCACCUUGUAAAUGUAAUAAUGCAGGUAGCUUAUUUCAACUUUGUGAUGAUUAUGGAAAUUGUACACAAUGUAAGGCAAAUGUGGUAGGUAUGAAAUGUGAUGUAUGCAAACUUGGAACCACCUCACUAGAAGAUCGAAAUCCAUAUGGGUGCAGUGGAGCUCCUAGUCAACAAGGUGCCCCAUUUGUAUUAUUCCAAACAUCACGAUUGAUAAAUAUUGGUUGGUUUCCACCAGAUAAUUUAAAUGGGAUACUUAUUAAGUAUGAACUUUACAGAGACAGAACAAAGAUAUUUGUAGGAUUAGAUAAUAAUUAUACUGACAAUAAUCUUAAACCAUAUACCUAUUACUCAUACAAUGUUAUUUCAUACACAGCAGGUGGCUCAAGUGUUAGUGAUAAUGGUGUGUUUCGUACAUCUAGUGAUAUACCUGUAGGAGUACAUCCUGUACAAGUAUCUGAGAUUAAAGGUCGUUCUCUUAUUGCUACAUGGCAGGAACCAGAUUUUCCUAAUGGAGUUAUACUAGAAUAUAUUUUAGAAUCAACCUCAAAUUUUUCAAAUACAAUUACACAAUACAUUGGUUUUGGAUUUUUUAAGCUAGUGACUGGUCUAUCACCAUAUACAACUUAUAACUUUACAUUAAAGGCAUGUACUGAUAAAGGUUGUUCUUCAAGUGUGCCAAUAUCUAUUAUAACUCUUUUUACUGCUCCUGAUAGCCAGCCUGCCCCACAUUUGCUCCCAUUGCCAGGAGGAACAUCUGUAAUUGUGUUUUGGGAUGCUCCUGAAAAACCCAAUGGUCAAAUACAGUUUUAUGAAAUCUUUAUAAGAACAGAACCAUUUUUAGGUGAUGGAAAUUUGAUUGCAUCAAAUUUGAGUAUUAAUAAUCUAACCUUUAAAGUUGAAAAUUUGAAGCCAUUUUUAUAUUAUGAGUUUCGUGUGGUAUCUUACACUUCAAUAUUAAAUAGUGUUUCAAGCAAUUGGAGCAAAAUAAGAACUUCUGAAGGAGUUCCUGCAGGAGAAAAUGCAAUUUAUCCAUUUGCUGAAGCAAUAAAUAGUACUGCUGUAAAAGUAAUAUGGAAUGAGCCAUCAUCACCUAAUGGAAUUAUUGUUAAAUUUGAACUAUAUCGUUACUCAUUACCAAAUAUAGAAACACCUAUCUUAGUUAAUGUUACUAAAAAUAAAGAAUGGAUAGAUAUUGGUUUACUGAUUUACACAUUGUAUAAGUAUUCAGUUAUUGCUUGCAAUACAGUUGGUUGCACAAAUUACAGUACUUUAGUGUCUGUCAUGACAAAAUCAUCAGCACCUCAAGGGCAAAGUUCACCAAUUUCUUUGGGGAGUAACAGCACAAGCAUAGAAUUAGCCUGGAGCAAUCCUUCUAUGCCCAAUGGUCCUUUAGAAUUUAAUUUUGUUGUGGAACUGUUGCUCCCAAGUUUCAGUUACCCUCCUCCAAACGUUGAACAAGGAAUUCGAUUCCCUGGUUUUGGAUAUUAUAAACUGGAGCCAUCAUUUAUGGCAGAUGAUUCAACAACUGUAAUUCAAUUUUUUUUUAAAACAAAUUAUUUAAAUGGUUUAAUUUUUUUUGCUGCAUCCAAAGGACAAGAAGAUAUGAUAUCAAUUGAGCUUCGUGAAGGUCGACCAUGGUUUAUAUUUGAUACAGAAAGUGGUGCAACAGCAUUUACGAUUUCAACCAAUCAGACCUUUAAUGAUAAUAUGUGGCAUAAUGUUUUCGUAGAGCGCCUUUCACGUGAGGGAAAAAUUUUAGUAGACGGCAUUUAUUUUGGUUCAGGUACAGGAGGAGGUCUAAAAAAUAUAAUUGGUCAAAUUGAAGAUGUUUACAUUGGUUCAUUACCUGAAGAUUUUAAAUUAAUUCGUGUAGACAAUGGGACUGCAGUCUUAAGAAGAUUGCCUUUUAUUGGUUGUUUAAAAGAUUUCCAGUAUAAUGGAAUUCCCAUAAAGUUUAACUCAUCUAUUUCAAAGAGUAAUGUUUCACCUUUAUCUGUUUUUUGCCCUGUUUCUUUUACUUCAGGUUUAUAUUUUAAGGAUGGUGGUUAUUUAGUACUCAAGUCGUUAAUUUUAAAAGAAUUUUCUAGGUUUAAAUUUCAACUUAGAUUGAGAACUGUCAAGCAAACAGCUUUGGUUUUUUUUUCUUAUGGACAAGGUGUAAAAUUUUUCAUUUAUUUUCAAAAUGCUACAUUAUACUUGAGUUUUAAAACACCCUCUGAUUCGGGAUUAUACACUUUAAGCUCAACAUCUAUUUGCGAUGGACAGUGGCAUUUAGUAGAAGUUGAAAUUUUAUAUAAUCAACUUAAUAUGAGGAUUGAUAAUAAUCAAAGUCAAGUUGCUACAUUGCCUUCAGAUUUUUUAAUAACCUCUGAGUUAUAUCUUGGCGGAAUUCCUGAAAGCAGUUAUGCUCGUACAUUGUUAUUUUCUGAUGAUAUUAUAGAACCUUUUAGUGGUUGCAUUGAUAUGUUAAGCUUUACAACAAUUGAUUACAUUGAUUCUGUUAAAGAUUUCUAUAACAUUGAGUUUGAUGGCUGUCCUCAAACACCAAAUGAUGUUUUUGUAUGUAAAAAUUCAUUAUUAAGUGAAGUUUAUAAAGGAAAAUUGCAUUAUGCUAUUGCUAAUAAUCUACAAGACUUCACAGAGUAUUUGGUACGAGUAAAAAGUUUUAGAGAGGAUGAAGAAGGUUUUGCAAUUAGCAUGUGGAGUUCAAUUCAUACAGCUGAAGGAGUUCCAAAAAAUUUUUUGCCUCCAAAUAUUACGAAUGUUGGUGCUUAUUCUGUUAAACUUAUUUGGACUCCUCCAUUGAUCAGUAGUGGACUUAUUAGAAAAUAUGUUAUUUAUGGAUAUAUUCCAAGUGUUGGUGAAAACAUUAGUAAGAUAUUGCAGGGCGGAUUGGUAACAGAAAGUGAAGUUGAAAAUUUAAGUCCAGCAACUCUUUAUUUAUUUAAAAUUGAGGUGUUCACAGGUGGAGGAAGUACAGAAAGUAACCAGAUUAAUGUUACAACUUUACCAUCAGUUCCAGAAAUGUUCUCACCUCCAAUCAUUGAAACAUCUCCAACUUCAUUUAAUAUUUCAUGGAGACCUCCUAUCAAACCAAAUGGAGAAAUUAUUUUCUACAAAGUGGAACUCAAUGAUGUUUUAUAUUAUACUGGAAAAAGUCUAUUUUUUUAUAUUGAAAAUCUUACAGCAUACACAUUGUAUACAGUAAAGCUUUCUGCAUGUGGUUUUGUAGGUUGUGUUUCAGUAUAUGUUGAUCAAUAUACUGGUGAAACUCCACCUGAAGAUCUGAUGGGUCCAACUGUACAGGUUUUAGACAGUGUGCGAAUUGAAGUUUUAUGGUCACCACCUAAUAAACCAAAUGGAAAAAUUUUUAUGUAUCAGUUGUUUGUGUCACUUUCGAACAGUUUAAAUAACAUGAACCUGAUUAGUAAUACCACUAAAGCGAGCUUUGCUGUAAUUGUUGAGAACCUUGUUCCUGGAACCUUAUAUUUUGUUCGAGUGAAAGCAUUUAAUAAUAAAGGAAGUGUCAUUAGUAAUUCUACAGAGGUAAGAACACUUGAAAGUGCUCCGACAAAUAUUCCACCUCCUAAGGUAACACCAGUUGGUUCUACAAUUUUAUUGGUAAAAAUAUAUCCUCCAAACUCUCCUAAUGGAGUUGUAAAAAAUUAUUAUCUUUGGCAGGAUGGAGUUAUUGUUUUAAAUUGGGGUGCAUUACCAAAUGACUAUGUUGCACAAAAUCUAAAACCAUAUACACAAUAUUUGUAUCAAGUGCAAGUCUGUACUGGCAGUGGUUGUGGUUUUAGCCCAAAAGUCAUAGGUUUAACUGGACAAGAGAAGCCGAAUGGUACCAUUCAGUUAUUAGUGCAAAAUAUAACCUCUUACUCAUUAACUGCCAAUUGGACAUCGUCAGUGCAACCAAAUGGGCCAUUAAUCUAUUAUUUAAUAGUAAAAGGAAGUUUUAAUCUUAGCGGGUAUGAAACAGUUAAUAUGUCAGUGAUUUGUUUUGAAACCAAUAAUACAGAUGAAACUGCAUUAUGCACUGGUCUUCUUGCGUAUACAAUAUAUGACAUCAUAAUAAAUGCUUCUAAUAAUGCUGGUUUUAUUUUAAGUAAUUCUAUAAGUGUGAAAACUUUAUCUGAUAUUCCAGAAGGAUUUAGUUUAGAUAAUUGCUCUGUUAUCAACUCAACGAGUGUUUACCUAACCUGGAGGAAACCAUCUCGCCCCAAUGGAAAAAUACUCAGUUAUUAUUUAUAUAUACUUUUUCAACUAAAUGAUAUGGUUUCAUACAGAAAUGUUUUGAUUAAACGAGGAUUAUUCUAUGAUUAUACUUUUAUUGAUUUGUCACCCUAUUCUGUAUAUAGCUUCAAAGUAGAAGUUGAAAAUGAUUUUGCAAACUUGUCAAGCAUCUGUUACAAUGUUACAACACCUGAAGAUGUACCUUCAGACUUUGAUGCACCAAACAUAGUAACAAUUAGUUCUCGAUAUGCCAUUGCAUAUAUUUUUCCACCUGCGAAACCAAAUGGAGUAAUUAUUAGUUAUAAAAUGUUUUUAAAUUCUACUUUAAUAUUUUCAUCAUUGCAAACAGUCGUAAAUAUAACAAAUUUAAUGCCAUAUACAGUUUAUACAAUUAAUGUUGCAGCUUGCACUAUAGUGGGAUGUAUCAAGAGUAGUUCAGUCUUCAUAGAAACAUUAAUGGAUGCUCCAGAAGAUGUGUAUCCGCCAAUACUUAGUGCAAAUGGAUCUCGUUCAGUUAUUGUGCAAUGGAGAACACCUAAAUACCCUAAUGGUAUUAUUUUGUUAUACAAGAUUCAACGAGGUAAAAAUAAUUCAAGUUUACUUGAAACAGUUAACAGCACACAAAGUCAAUUUUGGAACAUUUACAUUGAUUUUAAUGUCAAACCUAACACUUUGUAUAAGUAUAGGAUAGUUGCUCAAACAGCUGUUGGGGCAAGUCAGAGUGAGUUUAGUUUAAUACAAACUCCAGAAGCAGAACCGGAAGGUAUUGAAGCACCUUUAGCAUUUCCUUUGUCCACUUACUCUAUUUUAAUUAAAUGGAAACCACCUUCCGAACCUAAUGGAAAAGUUAUAAAGUAUGUUGUGAAAAUAAACCAACAAACUAAAGAAAUAAAUGACUCAUUAGAGUAUAUAGUUACUGGGCUGCUUCCUUACAUUCUAUACUACAUUAAAAUCAGUGUUUGUACUGUUGUUGGCUGCACAGAUAGUGCAAUGACAAGUGUAAGAACUCUCCCUGCUGCUCCAUCAAAUCAACCAUCUCCAAUUGCUUCUGUUUUAUCAAGUACAAGCUUACGAGUGCAAUGGACAGAGCCAUUGUAUCCCAAUGGUCCUAUAACAGGAUUUGUUUUGUAUGGUAGAACUUUAGAAAGCUUGGUCAAUGAAAAUAUUAGUUUUCCAACAAAGUGGCAAACUCUUGUAGUUCAAGUUGCUACAGUUUUUGAUCAUCUAAAUCUUGGAAUUUUUUCAUUGCAUGAUUAUAUGGUUACAUGUAUUACUAAUGAAGGCAAUACAACUAGCAAUGUUUCUGAGACAUUUCGCACAAGGGCUGAUAUACCUCUUUUAGGUCCAAAUGUUACUGUUGUUGUAUUAAACCAUGUGAGUGUAAAUUUGUCUUGGAUUGAUCCUCCCUUAACAAAAUUAAGGGGUAAAGUAAUAAGAUAUACUGUUUAUUAUGAAAUUGUUUCAACUAAUCUUGUGAACACUUUUGGUAAUUUAUUACCAAAGAUAAAGUUUGUUGUGAUCAAUAAUUUAAAACCAAACACUGAGUACAUCUUUAAGGUUGAGUUAUUUAAUGGCGCUGGUUCAUAUAUUGGAAAUUCAACUGUAGUAAAAACAAACACUGGUGUUCCUGAAGGAUUGGGUGUGCCAGUUGUUUACAGAAUUGGUUCAUUUGAUCUUAGUAUUGCAUGGGCUCCACCACUUGUUCCAAAUGGUCUCAUAGUAAAUUAUACUGUUGUGAUCAAUAAUGAGUUGCUGGAUACUUUAUCAGGAGACCGAAAUUUCUGCAAACAAGAAAAUUUAAAACCAUACACUGUCUAUAUUAUACAGAUUCAAGUGUGUAACCAGUUUGGCUGUGCUUUAAGUAACAGCACUUUAGCUACCACACUGUCUGCAGCUCCAUCAGGAAUGGAAACUCCAUCUGUAAAAUCUUUAUCAUCAACCUCUAUUCAGAUUAAUUGGAAACCUCCUUUAAAUGUAAAUGGAGUUUUAAUAGGAUAUAAGGUUUUUCGGCGAGCUUUCCUUACCUGUUCAGGACUACUGGCAACACCAAAAAAGUGUUUGUAUAUAGAAUGCAAAAUCAAUGAAGCCAUCUGUGGAGCAAGCUGUUAUGAUCCACAACACAAUGUCUGUUGCAACCAGUUAGUUUAUAAAAAAGAUUCUCAGAAAGUUUGUUGCAAUAAUCAUUAUGCCAUCAAAAACACUACAAGCGACAUCUGUUGUGGGGACUCUCUCUAUCCUUUUCAAGUUGAUUAUCAAUGUUGUUAUGGUUAUUAUACACAUGUUCCAGAUGGAUAUGUUUGUUGUUCAGGAAAUAACGGAAUUAUUGUUGGGAUUGGUGACAGCUGCUGCAGUGAUGUUCCUUAUAGCAUAAAUGGAACUAAAGUUUGUGUUUGUGGCAACCUUUAUGACAGACAGCCAACAGCUAUCAAAUGUUGUGGAGGGAAAACAAUUUCAAUGCAAGAUGUUUGCUGUGGUGAUGAAAUUCAAGGGGUUGGUUAUGGUUUUGAUCCUUCAAAAAUGUGUUGUGGCACAAAAUAUUUAGUUUCUCAAAAUACACUCUGCUGCACUAAUAGCUUUGGAGAAGUUCAGGCAUAUAUCUUCAAUUCUUCAGCAUCCUUUGAUCAACAUAAAUGCUGUGGUACUACCUAUAUAAACUCUACUGAACUAUGCUGUAAUUAUGUUGGAUAUAACAAUGUGACUGAUAUUUGUGCUAACCUCAGCACUUAUGGUGUUACUGGGUGUGGAAAUGGUACUAGUUGUUUACGUUCUAAUAAAAUGUCCUUAUGUGACAAUUGUAACUUUAAUAAAUCAAAUUAUUCAUGUUACAUAACUAUACCUGACUAUGACCCAAUAAUCAGUUCAUUUCAAUCCAACUUAUGUCCAUCAGACUUUACAGAGAUAUUAAACAAUAGUCAAAAUGCAUCAAUAUUAACAUUCAUUGAUAACCAUCUAAUGCCUCAUACGAAGUACGAGUAUUACAUUGUUGUGUUUAAUGAUGCAGGAAAUGCUAGUAGUGCUUUAAACAUGUCUAUAACUGAAAUGGGUCAACCUGAGAACCUUGAGGCUCCUGUUCCUACUGUUUUAUCAUCUGAUAAGAUAUUUGUGAUAUGGUCUUUACCGAAUAAACCCAAUGGCCAAAUUUCAGAAUAUAUUCUCUAUAGGUUGAAGUGGUCUACUAAAGAAGAGCGACUAGUUUAUCGUGGUUUACAACUUUCAUUUUUAGAUAUGGAUGGAUUGGAGCCAUAUACUGGUUAUUUAUAUAUUUUAAGUGCAUGCACUGUCAGCUGCACUAAUAUUUCUGCCUCUGUUCUUGCAUAUACAGAGGAGGCUAUUCCUGUCGGUGUCCAAGCUCCAUUAUUACAAGCUAUAUCUUCUAAUUCUAUACAAGUGAAUUGGAGUACUCCAACAUAUCCUAAUGGAAAAAUUAUUUUUUAUAAUGUGACUAUUCUAGUUAAAGACAUAUAUAGGUCUUUGAUUCCAAAUGAUUCUAUAGGUGAAAUGAUGUCUCUCACUGUAAGUGGUUUACUACCAUAUAAUUCAUAUACUUUUAAAGUCUAUGCAUGUACAUCUAUAGGUUGUAGCAGUAGCCCCUCAGCAAGUGCAACUACUUUACAAGCUGCCCCUGAAAGUAUACUACCACCUCAGAUAACUAUUAUUAAUGCAAGAAUGGUAGAGCUUGAAUGGAGUCCACCCAAGUCACCCAAUGGUAUUAUUCUUUCUUAUGUGCUAAAAAGAAAUUUAACUGUUAUUUAUAAUGGUAUGCAACUUAACUUAAGCGAUGUUAGUGUUCUUCCAGCUACACUUUAUAUUUAUACAGUUGGGGCUUCAACGCUAGGUGGGUAUACUGAAAGUAAUAUAACAGUUGUGCGUACUCCUGAAAGUACACCCCAAGGGAUUGCACUUCCUAAUUUAUAUGCUUUGUCAUCUAGUUCCAUUAAUGUAUCAUGGAGCAUGCCUGCUUUAUCAAAUGGAAUUUUAAUCUCAUAUACUGUGUACUAUCAAGAGUCAGACAGCUUAAUUUUAAAGAAACCUGCUAGUUUAAAUUUUUCUGUCUUGAUUACCCAACUAAAAACAUUUACAUUGUACUUUGUGAGAAUUGAAGCUUGCACCAUUGUUGGAUGUGGUUCAAGUGAUAAGGCAUCAGUAAGAACACUUGAAGAACCUCCUGUAGGUCAACAAUCACCAACUCUUUUUGCAAGAGGUACUACAAUAGUUGAAAUUUCUUGGGUCCAACCUCUUUUUCCUAAUGGUAUAAUUUUAAAUUAUCAAGUUGAAAGAAGAUCAUCAAUGGUAUCAUAUAUAAUCUAUGUUGGAUUAAGAACUGACUAUAUUGAUACACAGCUUACUGCUUACACAGAGUAUGAGUACCGUGUGCGGUCAGUCAAUAGCAAAGGAGAAUCCAUUAGUGAAUGGAGUAAAGUAAGAACAUUUGAAGGAGUGCCUGAAAAUGUGCAGCCACCUUUUAUUGAAGUGUUGAACAGUUCAUCUAUCUUUGCAAAAUGGGAUCCACCAACCACCAUAAAUGGAAUACUUAUAGAGUAUUCACUACAAAUUCGUUUAUUUAGUCAGCCACAGUUAAUAGAAGAUAUAAGAUGUUGCAUUAAACCUUCUGUGACAAAAGUUCAAGUUGAUGGUCUUCUUCCCUUUACUAGUUACGAGUUCCGUGUGGUUGCCUCCACUUUUAUUGGUUCUAGUUACAGUCCAUGGGUCUUAGUUCGUCUUCCUGAAGCUCUUCCUAGUGGAAUACCAGAUUUAAUAAUAAGGCCUUUAAAUGAUACAACUAGUUUAGAAGUGUUAUGGGAUGAACCAACCUCAGGUAAUGGAAUUAUUACAAACUAUGUUGUUUUUGUUGAUACAAUCAAAGUUUAUGAAGGUAUUUCAAGAAGAACAAUACUGCGAAAAGUUUUGUCAUUUACUAAUUACACAUUUCAGUUAAAGGUUUGUAAUUCUGUUGGCUGUGUAUUUGGUUUAGAACAGAUAUAUACAACAGGAGAUAUUAAAUUAAAUAGUAUUCCUAAACCAGGAAUACUUUUUAUAAAUGCAUCAGUCAUUCUUUUAAGUUGGAUACCUUUGGACAGGUUUAAUAUCAGCUCAUAUCAAGUGAUCAGAGAAAGUUUAUCACUUUUAAGAAAUAAGCGAUCUGUCAGUGAAAUAAUCAUAUGUUCUUUAAACAUCACAUCUCAAUCAACUACUACUACUUUUCAAUGUACUGAUACAUCUGUAAAACCAUAUCAAAAAUAUCGCUAUCGUAUUUAUGGAUAUAAUGAUCAAACAAUAAUAGAAAGUGAUUGGGUUGAAGUCACAACUGCUGAAAGUGUUCCAGAGUAUGUUUUGAAACCUAAUUUAACUGCAUUAGUAGGCCCCAGUGUUUAUAUACAAUGGUUUGUACCUCCUAUACCAAAUGGGUUGAUUCAUCAUUAUGAAGUUGUUAGGAAUGGUUCAUUUAUUAUUAGUACAUUUAUGCUAUCAUAUAUUGAUAUCAAUAUUCUACUACCCAAUAUGCAAUAUGAGUAUAAAGUAAAAGCAUGUACAAAUGUUGGUUGCACCCUAUCCCCCCCAUCAAAUAUCACAACACUAAGUUUAAUUGCAGGAAUAAUUUCACCGCCAUUUUUAACAGUUAUAAGCUCUUCAAUUAUAAAAGCAGAAUGGCUAACACCAAAUAACUUAUCUAUUGAUAUUGCUAAAUAUCGUUUAUUUAUGAAUAAACAGUUUACUCCCAUAUUUGAAGGCUAUGCAUUUGUUUUUACUGUUGUAGAUCUGAAACCUUUUACUAGAUAUUUGUUCAAUAUUGCAGCAUGUUCUUAUAUAAACUGUUUUAUUAGUAUCACAGUUGACGCAUUCACAAAAGAAGCUCCUCCAGAAUAUUUACGUGCUCCAUUUUUUGAUGUUCUUGGAACACAUUUUAUUGAAGUGCGAUGGACUGCUCCUUCUAAGCCAAAUGGCAUUAUCUUAUUUUAUAUUUUGAAACGUGAUAAUCUUGUUUUAUACAAUGGUACUGGUCUGAAUUAUAUUGAUUACAAUAUUUAUCCAGCUUCAAUAUAUAGUUACAAAGUAAUUGCUUUUAAUUCAGUUGGUUGGGUGGAAAGUAAACUAGCUUUUGUAAAAACUUCGGAGGAAACUUUCUCUGCUCCUUUACUACAAGCCAUUUCAUCUAACGAAGUAAAUGUAACAUGGUUACCAUGGUUACCACCAAAUGGUUCUAGUUUGUUAAUAACAUCAUACAAAAUUAUGUAUGCUGAUAUUGAAUUCAAUGUUGGUAUGGUGUUUCAAUACUUAGCCAAAAAUCUGACACCAUAUACAAAGUAUGAUUUUCAAAUAAAAGCAUGCUUCAAGUCAGUCACAGAUACACAGUCAGGGGGCUGUGUGACUAGUGCAACAGCUACAAUAACAACUUUAGAAGCAUCUCCUGAAAAUCUAAGGGCUCCAUACUUUUUCAGCGAAGAAAUUCGUAGUAAUAGUAUUAUUGUGCGAUGGGAUUACCCACUCAUACCAAAUGGUGAAAUUAUGUUUUGCGAACUAUUUAGAAAGAGAAAUGAUAUCAUUCAAUUGUAUAAAGGUCUAUCAACAUUAUAUCUAGAUAAUUCAUCUAGCGUUGUUCCAAAUACUCGCUAUGAAUAUAAAGUAUCUUGUAAUAAUAGCAUUGGUGGGAUUUCUAGUCUUUGGUCUGCUGUAUCUACAAUAUCUGCUGAUGACACUAUUUUAUUGAUUGUUACUAAUAAAACUGCAACUUCUUUUGCUUAUGAAAUUAUACUUACAAGCCAACUUAUGUCUCCAAUAAAAACAUAUUUAAUUGAGAUUAGAAAUUUUAAAUUUAAUAUAACUACAACUAAUCAACAAGGAAAUGUUUCUGACCUAAAACCAUAUACAGAGUACACAGUGCGCGUAUAUGGAUGUAAUGAAGUUGGGUGUUUAGUGGGCAAAUUUAUAACAUUCCAGACUGAUUCUGCUGCUCCUCAAGGCUUUGAUUUUCCUCCUGAACUUGUUUCUAUGACUUCUCGUGAAAUUGAAAUUAAAUGGUCAGUGCCAAAGUACCCAAAUGGAAUAAUUAUUCAAUAUAAUGUACUUUUAUACCAUCCUUGUCCUCAGCUCUCCAACCAAAUAAAUUGUGUAGUUGAAUCCAAUAUAUUUUCUUCUGGUAUAUUACAGACAUAUAAGCUAAAAUAUUUAACCCCGUUCACUGAAUAUGAAAUUAAAGUAAUUGCGUUGAACUCUAUGGGUAGUACUAGUUCUCAAGUACUUAAAGUCACUACAGAAUCAGAAGUCCCUGUUGUUCUUCAGCAACCAUUAGUUUAUCUAGCUAGUAACGACCAAAGUACUAUUAUUGUUUCAUGGGCUAAUGUAUUUGAUUUACGCAGUAGAUUAAUUGGAUAUUUUGUUACAGAAAAUAACCUAUUAGCAUACAGUGGAACAAGUGCAACGAACUUGACAAGACCGAAUCGCCCCCCUGCCUAUUAUUCAUACGUGGUUACAGCUGAAACGUUUGUUAAUAAUACUCCAGUUAAAAUUUCCACCUCAAGCGUAGGCGUAUUAGUUGGCAACAUCCCGACAGUCGUCCCGACAACUAUCACAACAACCGGUGCAAUUACACCGUCAGCUGGAUUGCAGAGUAACAAAAUAAUGUGGUAUCAGACUGUAUGGUUUCUAGCUUUAUGUGCAUUUGUUUUUGUUCUUUUCGUAUUUGUUAUUAUUGUUUGUUGUUGCCGUGGAUACAGAAAAAACAAGUCUGUGUACGUCCGAGAACGUCAGCCAUUGCCUAUGAAAUUUAAGUACAAGUCGCGAGCGUCUUCGUUAAACGAAUUUACGAGUCCAGAAUGUCGCAGACAAUCAGGUUUUGAGCGUUGCAGUGACGUACCAAUGAGUCGCAAUUCUACACCGAGACGUGGUUAUUUUAAGGAAAUUAACUCCGAAAGAAAUAAUAACUAUUGUGAUGACGAUCUUAUAUGGCAUAUGGAAGGCAGUAGAAGAGAUUUAGAUUCAGGGCUGUAUGAUGAUUUUGAUCCGGUGAACUUUGAAAAUGAAUUUGAAGAACAACCCAUCAGAGAUCGUACAUUCACAACGAAUCGCCAAUCGGAAAGAUUUAUACUUCCAGAUACUAGACUUUAAAAUAAUUUAUUUAUUUAUAUUUUUUUUUUACUAUAAUAGGAUUAAUAAUUUAUAGAGAUUUCAAAAGAAAUAUUUAUUUACAUUUCAAAGUAGCCAUUGAUAUUUUUUAACAAUUUUUUAACUUGGAUAUUUAAAUCACGCGAGAGUAUCAACAUAAUAAUUGUAAAUUUUUCAGAAUAUAUUUAUAAAUUUAAAA